CUGGUAGCAAGCCCGCAUGACCUACUGGGAGAGAACGGACUUCAUCAUGGCGGCAGCGGGAAAGAAGAAGUCCAAAGGAGGGUUAGACCACGAGCAAAUUAUAAUGCAGUUUAAUCAAAUGAGGCAGGAGUACAGGAGUAUUAUGGGGAAAAUAGGAGAGCUGGAGAUGGAAGUCAAUGAGCACGGAAUUGUAAUUGAGGCCUUGAAAGGUGUGGAGCCUGAAAGACGAUGCUUCCGGAUGAUUGGCGGAGUACUGGUUGAGAGAACAGUCAAAGAUGUUCUUCCCGCGCUAGAAAAUAACAAAGAUCAGAUUUCAGGCCUAAUCAGCAAGUUAAAAGAUACACUAACAGCAAAGGAACAAGAACUUACAGCAUUUAAAGAUAAACACAAUAUCCACGUAAAAGGAGACAAAGAAAGUCCACCAGAGGACUCUGUGCAGACAUCAGACAAGACUUCCGGGGUCCUUGUAGCUCAGGACAGUUCAUAGGAUAGUGAACUGCUCAUCUUUUUAUGUGUCAUGAACAUUAUUUAUCAAGAAUUGUGCACAUCAAAGCUGUAUUGGCAGCAUUACAUUGGAGUCUUCAACCUUUACCGAGUUGUUGAUCAGCUUGCAGGUUCUUAUAACAUUAAGACUAUUGACAACUGAUCACCAAGUGGAACGUUGCACUUCCAUUCAUUCAUGAUAAAAUUCUCCCAACAAGGACAAUGAAAGAGUAGUAAGGAGAAUUUGGAGAUUGAUAAUUUUGAAGGCUUGGAUCUUGUAGUUUUCACUGGUUUGUUUUGCGGUGGUUGUUUUGAAAGGUUUGGGGUUUUUACUUAGCAUUACCUAGGGGGAGAGGGUAACCAAAGCUAGUAAUCUUCAACUACCCCCUCCAUAGAAAACCCUAAUUGGAACAUCAAUUUGUUACAAUCCCCAAAUACCCCCUUCCCCCCACAAUUGAAAACACAGACACACAGUAGAAAUGAGCAAAAACACUCACAUAGAUAGAGAGAGAGAUACAGCGAUACAACCCGUAGACAGCAGGGCAUUUGUUCAUUUAGAAAGUUAUUUACUUUCAAGAAAGUCUUUGAUGUACAGUCACUUUUAUUAAUUAUUUUCUUAAGUCCAGAUUCCAGAAGCUAUAAUUUACUUCAUAUUUGGAUAGCUUUGUCGUAAACAUGAAAGCCCAAUUCAAAGUUCUCUUUGCAAAAUUAGUUCAUUCACAAAGUCAAUUUAAUGCAAAACAAACUGCUUUCAUGCCAUAAGGUUUUGCACCAGGCUACCAUGGGAUCAGGUUUUUUUCCCUUUUUUCUCACCCCCUUUCGCCGAAAAAAAGAAUGCCUGAUGACAGGUUAGCACUCAGCUGCUUUUGAUAACAGGCAAAUAAGAUAAUGUGAUGUAGACAGGAGAACAAUGCAAUAAAAUAUCAAUACUCUGAAUUCUGAAUAAAUGUUGUAAAAAGAUGUUGAUCUCUUGAAAACUAUUUACAUUACAUGAAUUAGAUCCUUGAGGUCAGAAUUAAGGAUAAUGUAUUCACCAAUAUUGUGUUUCAUAUCAAGUAUAAUUAUAGCAAAACGUGAUAACACAAAGAAACUCAGCCAUGAUACAGUGACUCUUAGGCUACAGGUCUUUUUGGAUAAGCAUUUGCAAAUUAUAAUUAUAUUAAGCACUUUUUUCAAUGUUCAAUAAAGUACUUAGAAUAUACACGUAGCUAAUACCAAACACAUGUAUUUGCUCCACUACUGCACCAUUUUAACACUUUAAACCAAGAGAAUGUGCAAAACAUGAGCCUAUUAUUGUUCUGUAGAAUUUUAUUUUGUUUUUGUCAUUUGCGAGUGCUUAUAAGUGAUGGAUGUGAUUUUUGGAUGAUGCAGGAUGUAUUUUUAAAAACUAGAAGCCAAAAUACUAGAAAAUGACCAUAGUGGUAUAAAAAAUCCGUUCUUUAAUGGUUUAACAUGUAACACACAUGAACAAUUUGAUCAUUGCUUGUAUAUUUCCUCACCACUUUGGGGUUCGGAAAACACUACACAACUCGCAGAAUGUCCAUGGGUACCAUCAAAAUAGGUGUAUAUACAUGUAUUCUGAGUGUAGACAUACAUGGCUGCAUAUUGUAUUAUUUCAGUCUUGUUUUUGUCAGCUACAACAAACACAGUAUCAUGUUUUUGUCAUUUUGUGGGGUUGCUUACUAUUAAAAAAACAUUGUGUGGAUUUUCAAA